GAGAACGAAAGGCUUGUCAUCUGGCGGUCCUUGAAGAACGUGGAGAAAAGCAGAAACCCAGAAAACCUCUCCGAAUUUCUUUCUUCUAACGCGGCUGCCGGAGAAGAUGGCUAUGGCUGCUAUUUUGUUGCUCAUCUUAGCGUUGUUUUCAAAUUCAAAAGCUGAUCAAGAUUUCGAUGUGCGUCAACACCUAUCUACUGUAACAAGAUAUAGUGCAGUGAAAGAUAUUGUCGACGAUUCCUUUCUACCUUCUGAUAUUCCUGAUGGAUGUACUCCUAUCCACUUGAAUCUCGUGGCAAGACAUGGAACUCGUACUCCUACUAAGAAGCGGAUGAGAGAGUUGGAAAAGUUGGCUGCUCAUGUACAAGAACUUCUAAAAGACGCCAAAGAAAAGAAUUUGUCCCUGCAGAAAGUUCCUGCCUGGUUGCAGAAAUGGGAAUCUCCUUGGAAAGGAAAAUUGACGGGUGGAGAAUUGGAUAUCAAAGGAGAAGAGGAAAUGUAUCAGCUUGGAAUCAGGGUUAGGGAAAGAUUUCCUGAUAUAUUUAAUGAGGAAUACCACCCCGAUGUGUAUCCCAUAAAGACUACACAGGUUCCUCGGGCUUCUGCUAGUGCUGUUGCUUUUGGCAUGGGGCUAUUUAGUGGCAAAGGAAGUCUAGGACCAGGGCGUCAUCGAGCUUUUGCUGUUACAAGUGAAAGUCGUGCAAGUGAUUUAGUUCUGAGGUUUUUUGAUUGUUGUCAAACCUACAAGGACUUUAGGAAAAACCAUGGGCCUGCUGUUGACAACCUGAAAGAACCAAUCCUCACCGAAAUUACCUCUGCAUUAGCAAGACGAUAUGAGUUCAAUUUCACAAGACAGGAUAUAUCUUCUCUCUGGUUUCUGUGUAAACAGGAAACAUCCUUGUUGGAUAUAACCGAUCAAGCUUGCAGUCUUUUCAGUCCCACUGAGGUUGCUUUGCUGGAGUGGACGGAUGAUUUGGAGGUGUUUAUAUUGAAGGGCUACGGUAAAUCCUUAAAUUAUCGAAUGGGAGUGCCUUUACUUAAAGAUGUUGUUCAAUCCAUGGAGGAAGCUAUCAAGGCUAAAGAAGAUAACCAAGCUCCUGGCAGUUACGAGAAGGCAAGACUGCGGUUUGCACAUGCAGAAACUGUGGUUCCUUUUUCAUGCUUGCUUGGGCUUUUCCUUGAAGGAUCUGAUUUCCAACGAAUACAAAAGGAGGAGCCUUUGGGUCUCCCUCCAAAGCCUCCCCAGAAUAGAAAUUGGAGAGGCAGCACCGUGGCGCCUUUUGCUGGGAAUAAUAUGCUGGUUUUAUACAGUUGUCCUGCUAAUUCUUCAAGCAAAUACUUUGUGCAAGUCCUACACAAUGAGCAUCCCACCCGAAUGCCAGGUUGUGGUGGUACUGAUUUCUGUCCAUUUGAAGUUUUCGAGGAGAGAAUUGUACGGCCUCAUUUAAAGCAUGAUUACAAUACCCUUUGCAAUGUGAAUCUUGAUCAGCCUAAGCAGAAGCCUGAAACCAGUAAGUUAUUGCAACUGUUUCGUUGGUUCUUUGGGUUGGGGAACGAUGAUAUUCCGUCCCACAGAGUUGAAUUGUAGUUUGCUUCUCAAGAUACGAAUAAGAAGGUAUAAAUUCUUACUCAUUUUCCUUGUUGCCACUCCUUUCUUGGUGUGAUUUUCAGCCACGGGCACCACUACAUUCUAGCAGAGUUUCAUUCUGGAUUGACUCCAAUGCUAACACAAAACAAAAUUUUUCUACAACAAGAAUUCUUGGUACGAUAGGUUUUUCUGAUUGAAGGGUUCAUGUCGGAGUCAGAUUCUCAACAUUAUAGUAUCGAUUCUUUUUCUUCUUCGUUUUACUAUUUUUUUGGAAAAAACAAAUAGUAGAGACUAGCAUAUGGGAAUCUACUGUUUGCAACAAAGGAAACUACAUCAAACAGGCUGAUCAAACUGUUAAAAUAAUGGAAAUUACAUAGCUAUGUAGCAUGUUGCUAAUGAAGUGUAUUAUAUAUAUUUCAUGCGUAUUUGAUAGUUAUAUGAGAGAUUAUCCGAGCGUAAACUUGUGAUACAUUUGUCAAUAGAUAUCUAUAUCAUGUAAACAUUUUGCAGUCAA